AUGACCGACAAAAUUAGAGGCCGCGUUAACGACUCGAUUUUGGUUCCAAAAGAUCACGGGUUUGGUCUUCGGCGUGUUCCUUUGGAGAGUGGAUAUUUCGAGGCCUACAACCAGGCCAAUGUCCACUUAAUUGACCUCAAGAAAACUAUCAUCCACCAGAUUACCCGGAACAGUAUUCGGCUCCGAGAUGGUACAGAGCACGAGCUAGACAUAUUAGUUUAUGCUACCGGGUUCAACGCUAUCACCGGGGCUUUUGGGAAUAUUGAUUGGACUGGGAAUAACGGCGUCCCUCUCAUGGGUAACAGUGAUCCGAAGAAGGGGGAUGGAGAGGAAGCGGUUUGGGUUGACUAUCGGCCACGAACGAACCUUGGCCUAAUAGUUCCUAAGUCUCCCAACAUGUUCAUGAUCUUGGGUCCCCACCAGCCACUGGGUAAUGCACAACGCAGUACUGAACAUGUAUUUCAGGUUAUUGUGGAAUUUUCGACGACUGUCGAGCCAAAAGAAGAAGCAGUCAAUGCCUGGACUGAGCAUAUAGCCGACUGCAGCGAGGGUGCGUUAUUGAACGAGGUUGAUGGCUGGAUGACCGGAGUAAACAAAAACGUCGCAGGGAAAACAGUGAGGAAUGUCGCGCGGUAUGCUGGGAGUGGGAUUGAUUUCAGGAGGAGAUGCGAAGAGAGUAGAGCGGCAGGCUGGGACGGGUUGGAUUUUGCUUGA